AUGCCACCUAAAGGGUACAGCAAGCGACAUGUCUGCGAGCGCGAUGACCCAGUCAAGUCGUUCAGGGUAAAAAUUCAUCGCAAGGGCCCUGGUACACCGAAGCUAAUCCUAGUUCCUGACAAGAACCGAACCCCAUCGUCCAAAAGGUCAGGAGGGUCAAGAUCAAAGUCGGAGUCAAAACGACGCAAAAUGGCGCACCUGGGGGAUCUGUUGAUGGAUACUUCACCAACGGAUGACUGGGUAGAUGAGGACCUCUUCAUACCAUUUGAUGUGGCACAGCUUGAGACAAAGACUGUCAAUUCGCCCAACGAUUACAUGCGAUACUGGCUGGAGCACAAGCAAACCCUUUAUUUGGACGAAAUUGUGUCGGGAGAGUUCUGCGACCUGGUUUGUGCAGUAUGCGGGGCGGACAAGGGGGAUAUCUGGCGAUGCAAAGAUUGUCUGGGAAGGCCUGCCCUCUGUGGGUCUUGUUGCAGAACCCAACAUUGGUCCAAUCCCUUUCACCGGGUCGAGAUAUGGAAAGGCGAACACUUCAGCCCAUCUUGGCUUUGGAAAACAGGCCUUCAAGUCUCUCUCUGUCCCAAUAGAUUGUGCUCUAGCAUGGCCACCGAAGGCUCAAGCCCACCACCAUCGACCAGCGGCAGCGACGACGAUUGCACCUUCGGGGCCAAGCCGGAGGGAUCCCACCUCGGAGACUCAAAGACCUUGGUUGUGGUUCACACAAAUGGAAUCCACCAAAUUCCAUUUGUGUUCUGUGACUGCGAGAACUCCCCCGACGAUGACAUCCAGUUGCUGCGAAUGGGGUUUUAUCCUGCGACGCAGAAGGACGUCAGAACAGUAUUCACCUUCUCAGUGAUGGACACAUACCUCCUAGAGAACCUUGAAUGCUAUACAUCAGCAUUUCAUUUUUAUUCCAAACUUCGCCGACUCACCAACGAAGUCUUUCCAAAGCAAGCGCCGAAUCGAUACAGGGAGGGCCUACGAUGUGGUCGCCAAUGGAGAAAGCUGAAGGAGAUGAAGAGAUAUGGCCUUGCCCACACUCAAGCUACCCCUCAGGAGGGAGGAAUGGCGCUGUUCUGCGCAGCAUGCCCGCAGCCUGGGAAGAAUCUCCCUGAGGGAUGGGAGGAAGAUGAAGAACAGUGGAAGUACGGGAUAACUCUCGCAGCCGAUGGGAACUUCAGUCUCCUUCAUCGGGAACAAAAGAAUGCUGACGACGUUUGGUUCAAGAAUGGGGAGGGCUAUCUGGUUGAACGCACGCGCUAUGAGAAGCACCUUAGGGUCACAAGCGAGGAGAAGGAGAUUCCAACAUGUCAUGAGCAUAGAGCAGUUGAGGACAAAUCAAAAACCACUAAAGGCUGCGAUGUCACCGGCGUUGGGGCGUUUGCUUGCUCGAGACAUGGAUGCUUCGUUCCAGCAAGCGUGGUGAACUUCCACCGAGGGGAGCGACAAAUGUAUAUGGACUAUGGAUUAAGCAACAGCAUCAAGACCACAAGCGCGGACAAAAUGAAGAGGUUGAUCCUCCUUUAUGACAUUAACUGCCAGUACUGUCGCAAUCUCAAAAAGCGAUUCGAGGCUGGCCCGUACCUCACCCUUCCCUCAGACCUCGUCGUCACCUUUGGAAUUGGCCAGUUUCAUGUGCACGGUCAUCAAGAGAAAUGUUACGCUAGAUACUCCCCCAUGUUCAUCAAGGGCAUUGGUUACACAUCGGGGGAGAUCCUUGAAGCUCUUUGGUCCGUGUUGAACGAGGCCUCUAGACCCACUCAGACCAUGUCCCUAGCCCAUCGAACGGAGGUGCUAGAUGCUUUCAUUGCUGAUAGUAACUGGAAGAAAAUGCUCAAUCUAAUGGUUUCCAUCCCCGCCAUGUUUGCGAGAUCAGUCCGCGAAAUUGCAAAGGCAAGAGAAGCCUUCGAGCUCCUCGACCAGACAGCAUCUUCGUCUCAAAGAGCAAUCUGGCAACAUGCGCUGGAUAAGGCUCACAGUAAACGAGUUCAUGAUGUGGAGGAGAUGGAUAUAUUGAACGUUUCGUUGGACAAACCUCCCUCACGAGCAAAGGUCCAGCACAAACUCAUGGUCAAGGAGCAAAAUCAGAACACUGGGGUGGGGGUUACCUCCUGGUUAACAACCGGUUUCAAGAUUCAAGAAUCUCAACUGCAACUCAAAGCUUUCCGUCGAUCCCUUCCGCGUGAAAGCCUUCGCACCGCCACUCAGGAGCUGGAGUUGGCAAAGAAGAGGGAAGCUCUACAUUCAGAGAUAUCCUCAUUCUGCACCUCCACCCAAAUCCUCUUUCCAGAUGUUAAUCUCGACCAGUAUCGGUAUCUCAACCCCCCCGAGAUCACGGCGGACAUUGACGACGAGGAUCAAGAUUGCGAGUCCAUCCUCUUGGAAGAUGAUGAAGACAAUCCGUUUACAGAUGUGCCCGACCCGGAGGAUCUGGAUAUCCCCCUGCCUUCAUCGUUUGAUCGCCUCCCUGCCUUGAUGAAGAGCGCUAGCCGAAAGGAAAUCAAACUGAGGGUUGCCCAAGCCAAUGAUGCUCUGGAAGCCAUUCGAACGGAAAUAGGUCACAAGUCCUACCUUUACCGCUCAAACAUCCGACUGGCAGAUGGGAAGAAGCAGAAAACUAGAGGGUAUGCCGCCGUUAAAGCCGCCAACCAAGCAAUUCGAUUGUCUAUACGUGUCUACGAACAGGCUCGCUGGGCUUUACAAAGGCUUGGGGCGACCACCGAUACUCUUGCACGAUUUAAGCCCAUCGUCAAGGAGGACACCCGCGCUAUAACGGCAAUCUACCGACCCAACGAGCCCGGGCAGACGAAGAGCCGCUUGUCGUGGAUCUGGGGAGUCGAUGUUCAGGGAGACUCUUCAAAUUCGCCAUAUCUCGAGGAACUGUAUCGCGUGAACUGGUUACGUUCCCGCAGUAGACUCGACAGAUGGGAGGAAGAAUACGUGCUGUUGAAGGCGGAGAUGGAUUGGGUGUGUCGGUUCUUUGAUUUUAAAGCUGACGUCUGCCUUGGUUGGGCCCAAAUGACAGAAGGAAUGCCGGGCCAUCGAGCAUAUGCUCACAGGCAAGCUGAAACAUGGAGGCUAUUAGCAGCUGAAGCCCGCUCAGCCUUCGAAAAGUCACGAACAGAGGUUGAGAAUCUUGUUUCAGGAGAUGUCGACAACUUCUCAUAA